AUGCAGGAGCCAGUGGAGGUCUGUACAGGCCACGAGAGCACAGUGAGGAGGCAGCAGGAGGCAGCAGAAGAGUCCCUUUCUCAACAGCAUCCAGAGUUUGAGAUUCAUAUCCAAGAGACAGUGACUGUGCAGCAGGGCCUAUGUGUCUCCAUCCCCUGCUCUUUCCAUUACCCCCCAAAAUACACUAAUAACAACACAACCUAUGGAUACUGGUUCUACGGGACAGACAAUACAACACCAGUGGCCACCAACAACCCCCAGAGGAAAGUCCAUCCCUCGGCCCAGGGCCGAUUCCACCUCGUUGGCAACCUACAGAAGGACAACUGCUCCCUGAUCAUUACUGGGGUACAGAAGCUGGAUCACAGGAAGUACUGGUUCCGGGUGGAGAAGGGAAAUCUGAAAUACAGUUACUCCCAUAAAAAGGUGUCUGUCCAGGUGGAAGAUCUGACACAGAAGCCAGAGAUCUCCAUUCCAGACAUUCUGGUGUCUGGGUGCCAAGUGACCCUGAACUGUAUAGCUCCGGGAAGCUGUAGAGAGGGGAUGCCCCCCAACUUCCUCUGGACUGGCUCUGCUCUCUCCUCCCAGGGAUUUGUUUCCAAGGAUCUUAACUCCUCCAAACUCCUCUUCACCCCCAAAGCACAGGACCAUGGCACUAACCUCACUUGUCAGGUGACCUUCCCAGAGACCAAAGUGACCACAGAGACAACUGUCCAGCUCAGGGUUGCCUACCACCCAAGGAUGCUUGGCCCCUCUUGCUCAUGGGCAGAGGAGAGGUCACUCUGUACUUGCUCUGUCCAGGGAGACCUGGCUCCACCCUCCUUGCACUGGUGGGUGGGAGAGAGUAUUGUGCAUGAGAACGACAGUGACAACAAGCUCCUUGUGGUCCAAAACACCUCCAGGACCUGGACCAACAGCAGUCUGAUCCUGGCCAAGAGGCUGGACCCUGGCCUUGGCAUUCGCUGUGAAGGGAGGAGCCCCCAUGGGACCCACAGUGUCAGUGUCCUGCUCCUGGUACCAGGUAAAGCCUCUUCCAGUCCCUGGAAGUUCUUGGAAUGGAUUACGGGAGCCUUGUGUGGAAGCAUCAUUACUGCCCUGCUCUUCCCAUGCCUGGCAGUCUGCUUAAUAAAGAUGUUUAAGAGAAAGCUUUCAAAGAGGGACUUGGAGGCAGCAGCCUCUGGGACAAGAGCUGCACAUGUCUCCACUGUCAACCCACUGGCUGAACCUGAGAAUUCUGGGAAGCAAGGCCCCUCAGAGCACCCUCCCUCACCUGUGCUGGGCUCUUGCUCACAGGAAGAAGAGGACCAAGUACAAUAUGCCUCCAUCUCUUUCCAAGCCCAGAAGCCCCAAGAGAUUCCCAAGCCUGAAGACACUCACACUGAGUAUUCGGAGCUCAAGUUCCAAUAA